GCCAGUCGCACCGAACCGAAUGGUUUCGCUCCGCUCCGGCUCCGCUCCACUUCGGGUCCCGACCCGACUCAUUCCCAGGACCUGACUCCACUUCGGGUUCGGUUCGGGCUCGGUCGCUUCGCCGAGGAGGAAAAGGAUAAGCGGCCACGGACGCCCACCGCGUCGCACCCUGCACCUCCCGUCCCCCCGACCCGAGCGCCACGGCCGGAGCCCGGAGAAUCCACGGCCGCCCGCCGUCUCGCUCCCAGGAGGCUCCCGUGGCCUGCACGCCCGGCGCCCCGGCGGCAGCCCUGCCCACCGCCGUGCGGCAGCCUGCAGGCGGAGGGCGCAGGCGCUCACCGGCUCACCGUCAACCCACAGCGGCGGAUCUGUCCUCAAGCCGCAGCCGCGGACGCCGAGGUCGUUUGCGCCGGGCAGGGGGUCACGGGGCACGUCGCGGCCUUGUUCCCGCCCCCGACAGCCUCAAUCCCCAACCCUAAGCAGAUCUGUGCUUAGCUGGCGCCUGGUAACAUGACACCAACGGUCCUCAUGGAGUACAGGCCGCAGAUGCAGAUUAAACGGGGCUACGACGAAAUAGCUUACCGGGGCGGCGCGGGGUAUGCAGAGACUGUAGGUGAGUCGGGCAGCCCUGUUCGUGUUGACUCCGAAGAUUCCUCUGCGCCAAAACGCAAGUGCAUCAGCCUUAAUAGCGAUGGCUUUGAUGUGAAGCGAGAGAUCUUUGUCCCGUCUAAGUUGUCGUCGUCCGAGCGGCGCUACCUUCGAAAGAGAUUCCGGGCAGAGCUUGAUUCUGUCCGAUAUCUCCUCAAGAGGCCAGAGUUUUUGGCCAUCAUGCCUGUCACCCGAGCACCUGGUUUCUCAUCGUCAGCUGCCCCACGAGCUAAAAAAGUGCAACGGGGGAGCCAUGUUCUCCGUGGUGCCAAGGGACGCUUCUUGCCGACAAAACCCCGUCCUGAAACGUCUACAGUGUUGCCUGAAGCUACAAUUCAGAAGCAGUGCGAAGCUAUUCUGAAGAAGCUGAUGACUCAGAAAUUUAGUCAUAUUUUUAAUGUUCCAGUAGAUGUGGAAAAGCUGAAUAUUCCAGAUUAUAAUGAAAUUAUCAAGCACCCGAUGGACCUUGGGACCAUCAAGAAGAAGCUAGAUUCUGGUUCCUACACAAGUCCUUUUGAUUUUGCAGCUGAUGUCAGGCUGACCUUUAACAACGCGAUAACGUAUAAUCCCCGAGGGCAUGCAGUGCAUGAUAUGGCCAUUCAACUGAAUAAAAUGUUUGAGUCCAGAUGGAAAACAGUGGAGAAGAAGUUAGUUUCUGCCGCCACUAAGCCACAUGUUGAGGUUGAUAGGGCUGACUCAAAGAGGAGAAAGACCCCUCCUGUGGACCGCAGUGACCUGUCAAUAGAUUGUGUCAGGCCAACUGAGAUUGUGAAGCUGAAGAUGACAUUUGAGGAGAAAGAAUCCUUCGGAAACUGCUUAGCUUCUUUGUCCGAGGAUCCAGAAUUACCUGGUCACAUCAUUGAUAUGUUACAGCAGUGUAUUGACAACAAUACAGAUCAGCUUGGGGAUGAAGAGAUAGAGAUUGAUAUCCAUGCACUCAGUGAUGACAUACUAUUAGAAUUGAAGAAGCAUGUGGACAAGUACUUGCAAGAGAGAGAUCACCAGCAGACAAAAUCUGAGCCUUCCGAGAAUGAGGCUGUGAAUGUUUCUGGCCUCAGUCAUUCGUCCACAAAUCCCUGCAAAGGUGGUGAGCCUGUUGAGGAGGAUGUGGACAUUUGCGGCAAUGCAUCCCCUAUAUUGAUAGAGAAGGAUCCACAGAUCAGAACAAGCAAAUGUGGUAGUCCAAGUAGUUCCAGCAGUGGCUCGGGAUCUUCAUCCAGUGAUUCUGACUCAGGCAGUGACGCUGAAAGCGAACCAGAAAAAGCUGGUAGCCCAGCAAAGCUUGUGAAGGGUAUUGAAAUACCAGAACAACCUGCAGAGCAAGAAAAGAGUGAUGAUGUUAUUAGCCCUGUUGAUGCUAACAACACUACUGCUGAUGUGGAACUCCGUGAACUGGACAAUGAGUCCAAGGCUGCACCUGAGGACACUGCUGCUGAUGUGGAACUCGGUGAGCAGGACCACGAGUCGAAGGCUGCACCUGAGGGGGAGAAUGCAAAAUCUGACAGGCAAGUCUCCCCGGACAAGCUCUUACGAGCAGCUCUUUUGAGGGGCCGUUAUGCUGAUGUAAUUGUGAAAGCUCGUGGGAUUCUCUGCCAGGGUGGAGAUAAACAGGAAGAGCUGGAGAAACUGCAGAAGGAAGAGAAAGAACGGCUUUUGGCUGAAGGUAAUGCAGCCAUGGAAGCUCGCAGAGCUGAAGCAGAGGCUGAAUCUAAGCGUAAGCGGGACCUUGAGAGGGAAAAGGCUCGUCAGGCCUUGCAGGAGAUGGAGAGAACUGUAGAAAUUAAUGACAGCGUUGAUCCCAAGGACCUAGAAAUGCUUGGUACAGUCACCACAGAACAUAUUGUGAGUUCUGUCGAUGAAACGAGUCCAGAGCAUUCCCAGGAUGGCAUGCCCAGUUUUCUUCCUGGUUCUGGCAGCAUGUUGGAAAAACUUGGACUAUUUAUGAAAGUAGACGAGGAAGAAGAGGAAGAAGAGCCAUGCAGCAAAGAUGCGGAUGAAGGAGAAAUCAACUAAUGUCUGUUGACAUGUUGGAGCCUUCUGGUCAAAGACAGAACAAUCGCCUGUUUCAGCUGGCCGACACACAUGGGGAAAUUGCUGGUAGCUGCGCACAUGCCAGACAUUUUCUCCCAAAUGGUGCACGGAAUUUGAUGCUGCCGGAGGUGUUAAAUCAUGUGCUUGCAGGAUGCAUGCCUUUGGAAGGGAGGCGGGGACAGAGAUCGAGGCCACCAAAAUCCAGCUGCAAAUGAAGAUGGAGUUCAUCUCUAAAAUGCAGUAUUCCUCCCGGAAUCAAGACGUUGCUGCGAGCUGUUGUUGGGUGUAUUAAUCUGAUGGAGGCUUCUGGAAGGUUCCUUCCGACUCGCGCGUGGUCAGAUGUUGGCUCAGUACCACUUCUCACCGACACUUUUGCUGCUGUAAGACGCCCAAAUCCAGCUGCUUUGGUGAUACUGUCUCAAUACAAUCCAGUACGCAUUAUGAGUACUAAAGUAUUGGUUUGUGGUGUCUUGCUUUCUGUGAGUGUGAAGUGCAAGCGGGACAAUAUCUGCCAAAAUUUGUAUGCACGUAUCUACGGUUGUUCAUUUGUAUACACGGAUAGACAGACAGAUAGUGUGUAUUAUACGAUUAUCACCAGGUACUACAUAGUACAGUAUAAUUUAAUGUAUUUUGGCUACGGUUUGGUUUGACUAA